AUGAGCGGCGGGAGCACGGCCUCGAAACUGCAGCGGUUGCUGGAGGCAGAAGGGGCCGUCAUCCACUCCGCGCUGCAGGUCCGUGCGCUGCCGUCGAUGGGCGGGGGUAUGGGUGUGGUGCUCAAGGAGAAACUUGGAGCGGGUGCCAUAUUGGCUCGCUUUCCCUUUCGAUCCAUGAUCACGGCACGAAAGGCACGGUUUAACUUGGCAAUGGCGGAGGUCGCGCUUGACCAGCUCGAGGGUCAAGUGGCAACGGCUUCUACAAACGAUGGUAGAGAAGGCGAUAACGGGACUGCGGGGCCAUGCGUGGCUACCGACGCUCUGCAUGUCAUCCCGUUCGCCUCGCGUGUCUGGUCCGAGUGCGAGUUUGAGAUGCGAGUGCGCUCGCGACGCCUGCGCGAGUCCAUUGCCGCCAAGGUGGAGGAGCUGGCGGGGGCCCUCGACAGCACCGAGACCAUCGUGUGCUAUGUGUUGCUCAUGGCGGCCCUCUACGGCCGUUUGUCUCAGCACGCGUGCCUCCGGAGGAGUGGCGCAGACGACGGCGCUGCAGAUGAGGAAGCCUCCGCCCCAGUUACGGAGGCGUGUUCGUGUGGGGAUAAGGCGGGGCUGGCACCUACACUGCACUACACGCACGAGAAUGCGUGGAUGCGGACGUGGAUUCACGCACUCCCGGCGCAGUAUGACAACCUACUCGAGCUUUUCCCGGUGCCGGAAGACUUGCCGCCCUGCUUAGUGCAACACGGCACAGAGCCGGAGUGCGUGACGCGUGAGCCGAGUGUGUUGUCUGGGAAUGCAACAACGGCGUCACCGCCACCUCCACUUCUUGGUCGUGUCACUGCGUACGCUAAGCCAUCUGGUUGGCUCCGCUCCUACAUCUCACUGCGUCGCUUUCAAGCGAGUGUGGCGCGUGAGCAGCAGGCUAUUCAGGAGCGGCACGCCAAGUGCUGCGCGUCGCUGCGCUGCUUGCAGCGUCUGCCACGGGGGGUCGAGGUGGCAGGGGAGUUGGAGGGGGAAGGACAUGGCGCAGCGGCGCCUCAAACUGGUGGGGUUGUCAGCUGUCGGUCUUCACCUUCUUUCAGCCAAGAGGACUGUGACCGCCGUGGGCAUGGGGACGCGUGCACACUCGGUCAGUUUCUGUGGGCAUUCAACACGCUGAUGAGUCGCGGCUUUUACUUCCCUGAGGAGACAUGGGCGAUGAUGCCGUUUGUAGACUACUUCAACUACGCCUUGGAGUCGAAUGGGACGAUGUACCCGCAAGAAGAUGACCCCGAAGAUCCAGAGUGCUUCACAAAUCGGUUGCUGGCGAAGAACAGCCGCAACAGGAUCGGCAGCGUUGCGCCGCUCAUGGCUGCGGCCGCACCGCGCAAACAACAGCGGCGCACUGGGCUGCGCACCGCGCGGGUCGGGAAGGCCGCGGUGCCGCUCGCCAACUACCAAACAUACGAGUUUCAGCUCGUUCAGCCGACAUGCCUACCCACCGAGCAGGUGAUGCUGCACUACGGUGCCUACUCGGAUGUGGAGCUGCUCAUGUGGUACGGGUUCACCUUGCGACCCUCGCUGUUGCCUGCGCCACAGUUGGGAGCCGCACCAGAGGGUCGUAAGCAGGGAACCAUUCCGGUAUUGCCUCCGUAUUUGGGCGACGCCGACGGUUCCUUGAUACGUGCUGCGCACGGGCUGCGGCUAGCGCUUUCUCAGUUGGCCUCCGCCACAACACGCGUGGCUUACUACCGGCGGUGUGUCGCACCGUUACAGCGGUGCGACGGCGCUGAGGCGAGCGAUCCGGACGAGGAGGCGGGGUAUAAAACUUGGCUCACCGCGCUUCAUUGUGCCUAUUGCCUGCCACUGUCUCCCAUCGCUAACGCGGAGGGUAAGUACCCAGAGGCCACGCCGGGGGCCACGUGGCUCGACGAGCUACUGAGCGCGUUUGCCCAAACGCCGGCAGUGGCGGGACCAGGCGCGGAUGCAGCGUCUGAGGACGAAGCUGCCUACCGCAUCGAUGCAUGGAUGCGACGCUGGGGCAGCGAGCGGUGGUCCAGGUUCGCAGCGUCGGCGUUUCCGAACAUCACCAAAGGAUGCGCCUUGGGAGUGCUGGGGCUGUCUCCGGUCCUUCGUGCUGCAGUUCACAGCAGCUUCUGGACCCCUACUUCAGAGCGAAUAUCUCUGAGUCCGGAGGAGCGCCUGCUUGUGGUGCGCGGUUUGGCGUGGGCGGAGCUGUACGUGAACAUGACAGCUGCGGUGCACGCAGACGGGUUGACGACAUCCUCCGUCCCCGCAAGCGUCGCCGCUGCUGAGUUUGCCCGUACGAUGUCUGUGGAUCAGUGGACACUGCUGCGCUUUCUCGCAUUGGAGAGCACCGAUGCCGCGCUGGAGGAGUACGUCGAGUACGUCUCGGAGAGCGAGGGGUAG